GGAGUCAAUGGCAACGGUACGCGAGCAACCAGCCCAAACAAGACGAUGGCGGUGGAGCAGGAGGACGGUGCCUACUAUUUGCAGCAGGUUACUAUUACAGAAGAACCUGAAGAUGAUUACCAGUAUGAAGAGAUUCCUCCUGAUGAUGACUUGAGUAUUUCAGAAGGAGAUGAAAAUUUGGAGAAUAUUGUGAAGACAAUAGAGCAACAGAAUGAGGAUUUAAAAGCAGCAACCCAGGAAUGUAAUUUGAUUUCCGAGCACCAGGUUUCCCAAAGGCCAGAGGUAGUUGAUGAUUUCCUUAGAAAUUUUCUGAUCAAGAUGGGAAUGAUGAAAACUCUUGACUGCUUUCAAACUGAAUGGUAUGAAAUGGUGCAAAGAGGCUCAUUGAAAUGGCAGGAUGUUGGAUUUGUUCCUGAUGUGUACACUCACAACCAGCUGCUAGAGAAUGAGUUAAAAAAUUUGAAGAAGGAUCUGGAGAACUGCAGGAAAGCAACCAACACAGCUAGUGAAACAUUAGUAAAACUGAGGAAAGAGCGUGAUUUCCAUAGGAUGCAUCAUAAGCGUGUGGCCCAAGAGAAAAACAGACUCAUUAAUGAUAUUAAAAGGCUUAAGAAGCACUAUGCAACUUUUGAACCCACCUUGAGGAAGAUCACAGAGAAAUAUAAUACUGCACUGAAAAGUAAAAUGCUGACAAGCUUGGAAAAAGACAGGGCUCUUGUGCAGGUAUCAAGUUUACAAGCCACCUUGCGUAGCAUGGAGAGUGGAUGGGAUUUGCCAGCUGCUGUUACCUCAGGUUACAAGGGUCACAGGGAAUGUAAAAAAGAUGGUCCUAGCCAGAGAGCACUUGCUGAAGUCAGAGAGCAAAGACGUCAUUCUGAUCCACCUAUUGAUUCAAGAAAGCACUUGUUGAGCAAGCAUCCAAAGGAUUCUGACUUUCCUAUUGACACAAGAGUGAACCCUUACCUCGCUCAGAUGAAAAGUACUCCCAGUAAUUUGCUUAGAUCAGGUGGAUGUAAAAUGACAAAGACUCUCAAAGUGCAUGAACUGGCAGUGAGCUGCCUAGCUCUUCAUCCACGGAAACAAAUCCUGGUAACUGGAAGUGAUGAACGCCUCUGGAAGAUGUGGUCCAUUCCCAACGGUGACAUUAUUAUGACGGGUGAAGGUCACAGUGAUUGGCUUUCUGGUUGCUGCUUUCAUCCUAGUGGUAAUAUGCUUGCUACUACCAGUGGAGACAAGACAAUGAAGAUAUGGGAUUUUGCAAAGUCUGAGUGUGUACUCACAUUUACAGGACACCUUCAUGCUGUUUGGGAUGCCCUGCACACCUGUGGUGACUUUGUUGCAUCUUGUUCCAUGGAUAACACCAUUAGGAUCUGGGAUAUGAACAGUGAGAGAUGCAGACAGAUACUACGAGGUCACGUUGAUUCUGUGAACAGCGUUGAGUUUCUUCCCUUCUCUAACACACUGCUCACAAGUGCAGCAGACAAGACACUCUCUCUUUGGGAUGCCAGGACGGGACUUUGUGCUCAAACUUUCUUUGGACAUCAACAUUCGUGCAAUGAUGGUACCUUUAACCUGAAGGGUGAUACUAUUGUUUCCUGCGACUCAUAUGGAAUACUAAAGCUUUGGGAUGUGCGGAAAGUAGCACUAAUGCUAUCAUUUGACGCAGGCCCUCAUCCUGGCAAUCAAGUGGUCUUUCACCCAUCAGGUCAACUGGUGAUCAUGGCCAGCAACGAUGGAACCGUGAAAGUACUGGAUCUGCCCACGGCACGGUUGCAUAGUCUAGUGGGACAUGAAGAUGCAGUGCAGUGCGCACUGUUUGACCACAAGGCAGAAUGUGUAGUGUCAGGAGGGUCGGAUGGUACUGUCCGUCUCUGGACAUGA